AUGGGAAGAGAGACUGCGAAUAGAGAAAUAGAGGAGAUGUUGAGUGAGCCGUAUUCUAAUGACGCAAAUAAAUUGCCAUUCUUGUCAUUAAAUCAUGUGUCUUUUGUCUGCAAAUCCGUCAAGAAAUCUGUGCAGUUUUACGAGCAAGUUCUUGGAUUCGUCCUCGUCAAGAGACCCUCUUCUUUCGACUUCGAAGGAGCUUGGUUGUUCAACCAUGGAAUAGGAAUUCAUUUGCUUGAAGCUGCAAAAAAUGUUCUAAGCAAGAAAGAGAAAAUAAAUCCAAAAGCCAACCACAUUUCAUUCCAAUGCUCAGAUAUGGAACUCAUAACUCAGAAAUUGGAAGAAAUGAAGAUAGAAUAUGUGACAGCAGUGGUGAAAGAAGGAGGCAUAUCAGUGGAUCAAUUGUUCUUCCAUGAUCCAGAUGGUUAUAUGAUCGAAAUUUGUAAUUGCCAAAAUCUACCAGUUCUUCCACUUUCUUCCUGCCCUCUUAAGAAGCUACCAAAAACUAAUGACAAUCUCACAACGUCAUCUUUCUAUGGAAACAAGAUGCUGUGCAAUAGAGAAGUAGAAGCUCUAAUGCUGGAGAAUUUGGCAGCGGGAAUGAUGGACAUUUCAAUUUGA